AUGCACCUGGAGGCAAAACUUGGCUUGGGUGGUGAGCUUGGGGACCAGCAGGAGCUUGGCAACAAUUUUGGCAAUCAACAGGCACUUGGCAAGGAUCUAGUAGGUGAUCUAGUUCAGCCUGACUCUGGCAGAAAUCUAGACAACCAACAGGCACUCGGCAAAGAUCCAGUAGGCAAUCAGCUUGACUCAGACAGAAAUCUAGGUAACCACCAGGCACCCGGCAAUGGUUUGAUCAAUCUGACACCUGCUGAUCACGCCAGGAUGCAACCCUUUGUGUCAGAAGAACUCAAGGAGCCACAGUUGCCUCCCAACAACAACCACUUCACAUCUGGUUGGACAGACAAGGAUAUUGAUACUAUUGCUUGUGAUAUACUGUACUAUUUUGACCAUAGGUUCAGUCCCCUGUCCACCCCCCCCCCUCCUGAACCCAAACCUCCAGGGUGGACAUGUCCACCCCUAAUACCCCCUGCAAACCUAAGGGGGUAA